AUGAUAUCAUUGUUUACCCGCCGCGCCUUUCGUCGAACCGACGACUACACCCCCGGCACGCCCAAAUUAAAGCUUGUCGAGGAGAAUCUACCGCUACCUCUCGCACCGACCUCGAGACGCCAAUAUCGCCAACGGUGGAAACUCGUGGCCAGUUCUACCAAAUGGUAUCUCUGUAAUGAGGCCGCUGGUGAGAUUAUCGCCGUGGGCGAGAAGGUGAAAGCCUUGGCUAUUGGAGACAUGGUCGGUCCCAUUAUUGAUACGGAGUACAUCUCCGUGCGAGAAGUGGGACAAUCCUGGCUUGCUGCAGACGAGGAUGGUGUUAUGACAGACCAUAUUGUAUUCGAUGAGGCUGUCUUGUGCACCGGGGGUGUGAGUAUGUUUGCGCUGAAACUUGCGCGAAACGCCGGACUGAGAGUUGUACUCAGCUCGUCGAGUGAUAAGAAACUCCAGCAAAUGAAAGAGAAGUUCUUGAGCCCGCCAAUUCUAGCGGUCAAUUACGCGAAGAACCCAGAUUGGCAUAAUGAGGUUCUGGAGCUUACUGGUGGUAUGGGUGUUGACAUUGUUGUCGAAAAUGGUGGAACUAGCUCCCUGGUCAAGAGCAUGAAAUGUACUCGGCGUGGUGGUAUCGUCAGUCAAGUCGGGGGUAUCAAUGCAGGGUCCAAGUAUGAUAUGGAAGAUUUUUGUGCUGCUUUGUCGGCUUGUCAGACAUCGCUUGAUGAUAGUAUUGACAAGGUCUUCCCGUUUGAGCAGGCGGAGCAGGCGGAGGAGGCAGUUCGAUAUGUUUGGGAAGGGAGGCAGAUCGGAAAGGCUGUCCUUAAGCUUUAG